UUUCUUUGCACCUGUCCACUGCAGGCUCCCAGCAGCUCCCAAGGAGUCCAAUUCUCCUCUUCUCUCCUCUUCCUUCUACCCAUCCCCUCCUUUGCUCUCUCUUCACCCCCCACUUCCCACCCUCCUCCCUUCCUCUUCUUCUAUGUACCUGCCAAGCUGGGCUCCUUUUGGCGGCGAUCUCUCACUGCAAAGGAGCUCACAUCAAAGGCGGCUGCACGGCAGCAUCACCGUUGUCCCAAAGAUAUCCCCAAAGAGGGGCCUCGACUGCGCCUCCCCGAAGUUGCUGGCUGGGUCUGGCCAAGUGCGGGAAUGCAUUUUGCGAGGGCAUGGAUAGAGACCCGUCAAGGGCCCCUUUUGGUCACUUCCGAAGAGCAAAAGACGUGUUGAGAGGAGGCCGGUUUAAGAUUUCAAACAGAACCUCCCCAGAGCGCAUGAAAGGACUUGAUUAGCAUAUGUCAAGAGGACCCGCAUAUAUACUCGGUGUGUAUGUACACAGGACUCAGAUCCGAUCAGUUUGCGGAGUGGGAGCCCCAGCCCCCAGCCCCAGCCCCGGUAUUGGCAGCGGCAGCUAUAGAUGCUUCUGCAGAGCCGGCAGCGGCUCCCACCUACCCAAGGACAGAAGCUCCUCCAAGACACUGAGAGCUUUCCUGCUAUUUCAGUGCCAAGUCCCUGCAGCGACCUCACGGGAGUAACCGGGCCUUAACUUUUUGCGCUUGUUUUGCUAUCAUUUUUCUGCAUCCACCUCCCUACCCCCGCUACACUUUUUUAUUGGGGGUCUUUUGUUUUCCGGAUCCUCCGCCUCUCCCUCUGGCCCCUCCAUGGCUCCCUUAGCCGAAGUCGGGGGCUUCCUGGGCGGCCUGGAGGGCUUGGGCCAGCAGGUGGGCUCGCACUUCCUGUUGCCGCCCGCGGGGGAGCGGCCGCCUCUGCUGGGCGAGCGCAGGGGAGCGGCGGAGCGGGGCGCCCGCGGCGGGCCGGGGGCUGCGGAGCUGGCGCACCUGCACGGCAUCCUGCGCCGCCGGCAGCUCUACUGCCGCACCGGCUUCCACCUGCAGAUCCUGCCCGACGGCAGCGUGCAGGGUACCCGGCAGGACCACAGCCUCUUCGGUAUCCUGGAAUUCAUCAGCGUGGCGGUGGGACUGGUCAGUAUUAGAGGUGUGGACAGUGGUCUUUACCUUGGAAUGAAUGACAAAGGAGAACUCUAUGGAUCGGAGAAACUGACUUCUGAAUGCAUCUUUAGGGAACAAUUUGAAGAGAACUGGUAUAAUACCUAUUCAUCCAACAUAUAUAAACAUGGAGACACUGGCCGCAGGUAUUUUGUGGCACUUAACAAAGAUGGAACUCCUAGAGAUGGUGCCAGGUCCAAAAGACAUCAGAAAUUUACACAUUUCUUACCUAGACCAGUGGAUCCAGAAAGAGUUCCAGAAUUGUACAAGGACCUACUGAUGUACACUUGAAGUGUGAUAGCAUCUUUAUGGAAGAACCCAACCACCACCAUCCUUUCUUAUCACAGUUCCCAUCAUAAAAUAAUAACGCAGGAAUUCAUUCAGAAUAUUACAGAAUCUAUUUUCUACUGGGAGACUGAAUUUUGAAAGAAUACUCAGAAGAAAACAAAAAAAAAAUUGAUUUAAGUGGAUCAAGAUCACUCUUUAUAAGUGGAUUAAAUUCCUUAGGUACAUUGACUAAGUCCUUACCAGUAGACUGAAGCUGAAAAUCUGUUGAAUUGUGGAUAAUGGGAACCCUACCAAGUUUGCUGCUUGUGCCUCACCUCUUUGGAUUAUGUUUACUUUAAAAGUUGCAUUAAAAAUAGAUACUUCAUGUUGAAGAAAUGGGUUGACAUUGUUGGCCAAGAUUGUUACUACAUAAAUUCUGAGGACCGUGUAGAAUUUCACAAGUUUUGGCAUUAUACGUAAAACAACAACAACAACAACAAAAACUUGGGUGACAUGUCACUAUGAAAUAUGCCAUACCAAGACAGAACAUUUUUUUAAAAGAAUGGACCUAUUUAUACAUUUUCAAUUUGGAUAUAUUUAUUAUAUAUAUUUAUUUAUUAAAGAGUUUAUUUUUUACUGGUAUAUGAAGAUAACACAAAGAGUAAAAAUAAACCACAAAAGUGUCUUUAUUGUGCCAUUACUUUAUUGUGGUGUCUUGGGCUGCAAAGAAGACAUCAUUAUCACACCACUGUAACCAUAGAAUAAGAUCUUGGAUUUCUUUUUAAAAAUAUAGUGUAGAUUCUAUUUUUAUGAAGUCAGUUACCUUCUAGAUGUAACAUUGGUUCCUUGUGGCCUAGAGAAAUGGUUUAUUGAUUUGUACUGAAUUCAACACACAUUCAAAAGGGAAUUAAACAUUUUUAU